CCCUCUCUAUCAGGCGGCUCGAUAACGCGGAGGUUGCUCUGGGUUCUUGAACGCCAUUAUUCCCGCGCCACGCUCGGCCGGGACUGCUGCAGCCUGCUCGACCUGCUCCUCAACAUGACCCUCGUCACCGUCCUGCUGCUGGCCCUCGCGGCACGCGGCACGCUGCAGAUGGACGCCGGCGACGUCGUGACGGACCCCAACACGCUGGGCUUCCAGGCCGCCAUCCAGCCCCUGGCCGACGGCGUGUCGCUGGGCGUGUGCUCCGGCGUCGUCAUCAAGGGCAGCGCGCUCAACGGCACGACCUACGUCGACAAGUACUUCAUCCUGACCGCCGCCAGCUGCGUCGUGCCGGCCACUUCCUGCAACGUCUACCUGCGCCCCGAAAACAUCCGCGUGGACUCGGUGCCCGACUUGGCGGGCGUCACCAUGGCGGACAUGGUGAUCCACCCCGACUUCCUGACCUCGGCCCUGCAGAGCAGCGACCUGGCCAUCAUCACCGCGGACGGCAUCACCACCGCCUUCAACGCCAACAACAAGUUGACUGCGGCCACCCUGCCCAGCAUUGAAAACGCCGAGGACAGCUACGUCGCGUCCGGGGUCAGCUUGACCGCUUGGGGUUACGGUCCGCCAAGAGAACCUACCGGCGAGAGGGCGCCAGCGCUGCUCCAGGUGGACACGUACGUGUGGCCCAACUUGUUCUGCUCCGUGUUCCACCCGGACAAGCACAUCUCGAAGAAGCACGUCUGCUCCGGAGGCCUGAUCCACGGCGCCCCUUGCAGUGGCGAUGCCGGAGCCCCCUUGAUCAGGAAGAACAGAGUCGUCGGCCUGGCCACCAUGGUGCCCGCCGACGGUUGCGGCAGAAAGCCCGGAGUGUUCACCCGCCUGGGCAGCUACCUCGCCUGGAUCAUCAAGACCACCAACUACGACCCGUACCAGUAGACGGGCAGCAGAUGACGGCAGGAAAUAAACAAAUUAUUGCUGUAUGGAUGAA